AUGGUUUCCGGUAGUUGUUUUUGCGGACAAGUCCGGGUCGAGUGCAGCGAGCUUCUCACAUCUGCCCUCUGCCACUGUACCGGGUGCCGCAAACUCACCGGAACGCUAUAUACAUACAGUUUUGUCGUCAAGACACCCAAUCUAACGGUCAUCGGGAGCCCCAAAGAAGUAGACAGGACCGCCGACAGCGGCAACCACAUAAAGAACUAUUUCUGCUCGAAUUGCGGAACUCCGCUAUACGGACACAAGGUGAAGGCCACUGGAGAGCCCGAGGACAUCACCGUCCUGCGGGCAGGAAUCCUUGAUGACGUGGAGAUUCUGAAUCAGCGCAAACCGCAGGUGGAGAUUUAUACGGAAGCUCGGAUUGCUUGGGUCUGUCCGCUUGAGGGGGCUGGGCAGUUUACUGCUGGCUUGUAUUCGCAGUUACAGUUGGGCCAAACACUAUCUCCACCAUCAGCCAGCCGCCUGGGCGGAGGACGGACAGAGUAA